ACUACUGAUAGCUUAGUUUAUGGUAUAUGUUCUUAUAGUUUACAAGACAGUUAUUCCAAUAUGUAUGCAAGAAUUAAUAUUACAUAGCAUAUAAGUAAUUUUAACGAUUUUUGUUAAAUUAAAUACAAGCGUCAUAAAUAAUAAUCGAAAUUUAAUAUGUAAAAAUGAGUGGUGGAGUAGUUCCAAGUAAAUCAACAGUUUAUAUUUCAAAUUUACCUUUUUCAUUAACAAAUAAUGAUAUACAUCAACUUUUACAGAGUUAUGGCAAAAUUGUAAAAGUGACAGUAAUGAAAAACAGAAUUACAAGAAGAAGUCGAGGUGUUGCAUUUGUAUUGUUUCUUAAUCCAGAGGAUGCUAUUAGUUGCGCGAAAAACUUAAAUAACACAGAGAUAGGUGGUCGUACAAUAAAAAGUUCCAUAGCAGUAGAUAAUGGAAGGAGUACUGAAUUUAUACGUCGCAGAGAUUAUCCAGAUAAAUCUCAAUGUUAUGAAUGUGGUGAAGAAGGACACUUAUCAUACAAUUGUAGGAACAAUACAUUAGGACCAAGAAAUCCACCAUUAAAAAAGAUUAGAAUUAGAAAAAAACAUAAAGCUAAUACUCACCAAACAAGCGAUUUUAAUAAAAAUAGUGACAAUGAAUCAGCAGAGGAUAAUUGGGAUGAAGAAGUAGAAACAUUAAGCGCUGCUAUUGCGUUAGAGCAAAGACAAAAAGAAUUAGAAAAUAAUCACAGAUUAGGGAAUAAGGGAUAUGAGGAGGAAAGUAGAUCAGUUCAUAAAUCUGGCAAAAGAUAUAAAAAGAACCAAUAUUUUAGCGAUGAAGAAGAUUUUAGUGAAUAAGUAAAUGUAAUAAAAUAAUAUAAGAA